AUGGCUGACGGUCAAAUUCAUUUGUCCUACUUUAUUUGCGGACCCGCUUUCUUAAUAAUGGUAUUCAUAUAUUUUUACUAUUGGUAUUUGAAUGUCCGCGAGUGUCGCAGAUCCCGGGGGCGUGAGCUGUCGCCUUCUUUAGCCGAAGAUAUCUCUGUGGAACAAGUACAAGUCUAUUGACAAAGCGAAUCGAUUCGAGUUAAACAAAUGUGAAUCACAGGCACAGAGAGAAAACAUAACUUAACUUAAGGCAUUUAAAUUGAAAUUACAAGUUUACUUUUAAUACAAAACAAAAGUUUUUUUGUUUGUGGUGAUAAAUUUUAGUGAUAUAUGCAAAAAAUACAUGAACAU